AUGAGCGGUCUAGCUGGAAAAGCCAAGACAGAAAUGACUGAAGAUGAACUCAAGAAAUUAGAAGAGGAAGAAUUCAACACUGGUCCAUUAUCAGUCUUGAACCAGUCGGUCAAGAACAAUACGCAGAUCCUCAUCAACUGCAGAAACAAUCGCAAACUAUUGGCCCGUGUCAAGGCCUUUGACAGACACUGUAAUAUGGUUUUGGAAAAUGUUAAGGAGAUGUGGACAGAGACUCCAAAAUCUGGCAAGGGAGUCAAAAAGUCCAAACCAGUCAACAAGGAUCGUUUCAUCAGCAAGAUGUUCUUACGGGGAGACUCUGUUGUAUUGGUAUUGAGUAUCCUCCUUGGCUAUAUCCGUAUUUUGCAACGACAUCAACCAGACACUUUUACGACUGUUGCAAACGACAUAGAAUCCUCACUAGAACGCGUAUCUGCAGACAAUACACUAUACAACCUCCACAGUGCAUCGACCCAGAACUCCAUGUCUGGUGAUAAUCUGAGAGGUGGCCAAGAUGGUGUGCUGGACGCACAGAUUGCAUCAGGCAUAUCGCUCACCGCAUUGUUACAAGACAUUGGUUAUAGCAGUUGUCUUGGUCCAAACACAUUAUUGAAAAUAUUAGAGCAGAUUGGAAUCAACCGAUCCAAUGCUGCUUCCAGACUAAAAGAAGACGAAAUCGCUCGAGUCCUUGCCAUGAUGGCUCGAACGCAUACUGGUCUGACUCCCAAUCCAGCAUUUCAACAUAUAACGUCAGCUAUAUUCGAUCGUAUGGAUCCAGAAGAGCUGAAACGAGUGCAAACUUGGGAUGUGGCAAUGUUUAUGGCGACCAUACUAGAUUUGAAACCUAUUCUAGAUUGGUUUUCCAUGAUGAGAGCCUUGGAUCAUCCUGAAUUCAUACUAUAUGAUGCUACGGGACUCAACAUUAUAUUGAAUGCCACCAAAGUUGGAAUACCAAACCUGUAUCAAUUUCCCAUCAAUGCCUUCUUUGGCAGAUGGAGAAAUCUCAAGGGUCAUCUCAGCUUUUUGAAAUUGGCUAUAUCAAAUCGACCCGAGAUAUUUGUCGUGACUCAAAGUGUAGGCCGUCGAGUCAUAGAUGCGCUGAAUAUGCAGUCGCUCAUGAACCAGCCAUGGAAUUCUUUGGAGUUGCUGGAAACUCUGCUAUUCUUGUCUGAGACUGAAUUGUAUGAGGAAGUCAAGAGGAUUUUUGAGUUUGCUUCUCAGCAAGCUCCAGAAGUCGUGUUAUUAGGUUUGGCUGAACUCAAAGCUCCAUGGACACCCUUCCAGAAAGAAUUAGUUUUGAAUUUAGUCAUGACCUUCUUAAGUGGUGGCCACUCUAAUUCUGUAUUUGUCUUGUCGAAACUAUGGCAAAUCUCAGAAUCCUCUGUUAUAACUGGUCUCCAACGUCUUUACAUGACUGAUCCAACCAAUCUCUCUCGCAUCUUGGAUGUCGCUCAAGACAUGAAGGCACUACCUCAAAUCCUCGAAUCAAAGCCAUAUUCCUUCUCUAUAGAUUUAGCGGCUCUAGCAUCCAGGAGAGAUUAUCUCAACCUAGAAAAGUGGCUCACUGAUCAUAUACGUGAUGAGGGUGAUGUCUUCAUCAAGUCAUGUGUGGAUUUUAUGUAUGAGAAGGUGUUACGGCAGGAUAACUUUUCUAUGCAACAGUCCGUUCCCUUGUCGCCAGACGUUGUCAAUAUCUUCCUCCGAAUCCUGCAAAAUCAUAGCAGCGCAAUGCCAGCUGAUACAGACGAAAGAUGGAAGGAAAUUGUCACUGCAUUUGCAAGAACACCGCAUAUGAUGAAUAUGGCCACUAGCUCACCUGCUGAUGGAGAGGAGAGCGGUGUUAGAGAAGGUGGCUCCUUUUCUGCAGACGUUGAGGAGGAAGUCAAUGCCUAUUAUGAACGUAUAUAUCAGGGCGAAAUAUCCAUAUCUCAGAUCGUUGAACUGCUACAAAGGUUCAAGGUCUCACCAAACCAAAGAGAACAGGACAUUUACUCUUGCAUCAUCCACAAUCUAUUCGACGAAUAUAAAUUCUUCCCUAGAUAUCCCGAUAAUUACCUUGCCAUAACCAGUCUCCUAUUUGGUGCCCUGAUACAACACCAGAUAGUAUCAUACAUGCCACUCGGUAUUGCCCUUCGAUACGUUCUUGAUGCUUUACGGCAACCUGUAGGAUCGAAACUAUUCCGAUUCGGUAUACAGGCCUUGUCUCAAUUCCAGUCGCGGCUAGGUGAAUGGCCUCAAUACUGCUCUCAUCUAUUGCAAAUAACGCAUUUGGUACAAGCACAUCCAGAUAUAGUACAAUAUAUUCGUAGUUUGCAGGAAAGUCAAGCUGCAGGUGCAGCAAAUGGAGCCCCAGAGCCAGGAGCUGUAACUGGAAGUGAAGUAGUAGGAGCAGUGAUACCUAGUUCUUCAUCGACUAGUGUAUUUGCUGCUAUAAAAUUGGACAAUUUAGUAGAUCCGACUGAACCCGAAAGCUUAGAAGUGCCCAAUGAGGUCGUGCAAGAUAAGAUACUCUUCAUCAUAAAUAAUAUCUCACCAGCUAAUCUAGAAACCAAGAUACGAGAGAUGCGUGAACUAAUGAGGGACACAUACAACAAGUGGUUUAGUAACUAUAUUGUUGAAAAACGAGCUAGCAUCGAACCCAACUUCCAUUCCUUGUAUAUUUCCUUCCUCGAUGCCCUCGAAUCCACACCAUUGUAUCGCUUUGUAUUGAUUGAGACAUUUGUAAACAUUCGCAACUUGUUGAAUUCGGACAAGACUGUAACCUCAUCGCAAGAACGUACACUACUCAAAAAUUUGGGAACGUGGUUGGGAUCCAUCACGUUAGCUAAAAAUAAGCCCAUUAAACACAGACAUAUAUCUUUCAAGGAUUUGCUGAUUGAAGGUUUUGAAAACAAUCGACUGAUUGUAGUCAUUCCGUUUGUGUGCAAAGUGAUGGAGCAAGUGAAUAACAGUAAAGUCUUCAAACCACCAAACCCAUGGCUGAUGGCAAUCAUGAAACUCUUGGCUGAAUUAUAUCACUUUGCUGAUUUGAAACUCAACCUCAAGUUUGAAAUUGAAGUGCUUUGCAAGAAUAUCAAGUUGGAUGUCAAAGAGAUACAACCUACAACUCUGCUAAGGAACAGACCACCGAAAGAGCUGCCAGCACCCGCUUUACGAGAAUUGGAACGAUUGCCACCAGUAACCACUGUUGGUAUUCCUGUCAGUGCAGCUGGAGCUCCUGCUCAUUCAUUGCCUCCAUCUACUGGCACUGCUCCUGCGACUGUUGAAAACUUGUUGUCAUACAAUCUUGCAGCUGAGCUAGUCAUCAAUCCAAACCUCCCAUUGUUUGUUGCUCAGCCAUCACUGAAGCGCUUCAUUCACGUUGCCAUUGAGAGAGCUAUUCGUGAGAUCAUUGUGCCUGUCGUGGAACGCAGUGUGACGAUUGCUGCGAUUGCUACCAAAGAGCUGGUGAUCAAGGAUUUCGCAUUGGAACCUAAUGAAGACAAGAUGAGAAAGGCUGCUCACUUGAUGGUUCAAAGUCUUGCUGGGAGUCUCGCAUCUGUGACCUGUCGAGAGCCUUUACGUUUGAGUAUGAUUGCCAACAUUAAGGGUCUCCUUUUACAGAAUGGUUUCACAGAGCAAUCGUUGCCAGAGCAAGCAAUCUUUGUUAUUGUAUCUGAUAAUUUGGAUUUGGCUUGUUCCGUCAUUGAGAGGACUGCAGCAGAAAAGGCCGUUCCUGAAGUCGAUGAGGGCUUAAGGGAAUCAUAUCUUGGUAGAAGGAAGCAUCGUGAGCGAACUGGUGCUCCAUACUAUGAUAUGACUGUGUAUGCUGCCUCCCGCUACCCAUCAACUCUACCAGAGACUUUAAGAUUGAAGGCUGGCGGAUUGACCAUACAGCAACUUAGAGUAUAUGAAGAUUUCUCUAGAAUGUCUCGAAUCAUGCAAAGCGGUGCACAAGAAGUCGCUGAUCGUCAACAUGCUCGUGUUGAUAUGGCUAGACGAGAUGCUCGACCUGACGCUAUGCCAACAUCAUAUGCCACUCCCGUACCUCCAUAUGAAGAAACCCCAGUACUCUUGACGACUCAACAAGCAUUGGAAAAAUUUGGUGCAUCUAUAGUAGAACUGGACAAGUUUGCUGCUAGUCAACCAGUAACCAUGACAAUGGCUAAUCUCCCUCCGCAACACGAAUUGAGAGCUGCAUUGAAGCAAAUUCCAUUAUUGGUAACUCAAGCCUUCCAACGAGAAGAGACUGCUUUGAUGUUUUCCCAGAAAGUGGUACAACUCUUGUACAAGACUGAAUUGGUCUUGUCAAGAGAAAUGUAUAUUGUAUUGCUAGAAAGGUUGUGUGAGUUAUCCAAGACUGUUGCUAAGGAAGUCAAUGCUUGGUUGUUGUAUGCUGAUGAUGAGCGCAAGUACAAUGUGCCAGUAACAGCAGCACUCAUCAGAUCACAUCUGAUUAAUGUACCCGAGAUGGAUAUGCAGCUUGCUCGUCUUAUGGAUAUUGGUCGACCCACUGUAGUUGAAUUCACGUCAUGGCUCAUCAAGAAAUGUGUCUUGGAAGAACCGGCUAUUGCAUCUCAGAAUGAUUUCUUCAAUUCUGUCGAGAUACUUACCAAGAUCGCGUCUCGCGGAAAGGCUCCUGAUAGUCUAAAUCAGUUGCUUCAAGAAUUGAGGCUUCGGUCAUCUGCUGUAUCUAUCCGCGACUUGAUUGGCAAGGAUAGUGAAAGCUCUGGAGUCCGUGAUCAGUUGGCAGCCUUGUUUACUGAAUGGGUCCGAUUGUAUCAUCAUCCAGCUUCGAAUGAGAAGUCUCAUUUACGGUAUAUCACUCAGUUGCAACAACAAGGUGUACUCAAGACAGAAGAUGUCUCGUCUCUGUUCUUCCGAGUAUGCACUGAACUGAGUGUAGAAGCAUACAUGAAAGCUCCAGCAGGAACACCAUCAGUAGUAGCCUUUCAAGCUGUAGAUGCUUUUGCUCGUCUUAUAGUAUUGGUAGUCCGCCAUUACAAUGAUCCUGCGGCCCAAAAUGUCAAUUAUGCCAAGUUGACAUUGACGACCAAGAUCUUGUCUAUUACAGUCUUAGUGUUAGUUCAUUCUCAUGAGCAACGGAAAACGACAUUUAACCAACGACCCUUCUUCCGACUCUUGUCGUCGUUGCUUAAUGAUUUGAAUUCAUUCGAGCCUCACUUGCAGCCAAUUUACUUCCAGAUUUUAUCAUACUUGAGCAACACCUUCCAUACGUUACAACCAUCAUUCUUGCCUGGAUUUACAUUCUCUUGGCUGCAAUUGGUAUCGCAUCGAUUCUUCAUGCCUAAACUGUUGUUGGCUGAGAAUCAAAAGGGAUGGCCAUUCUUCCAACGACUGUUGGUUGAUCUCUUCAAAUUCCUCGCUCCAUUCUUACGCCAAUCAGAUCUCACAGACACGGUUCGACUCUUGUAUAAAGGCACCAUUCGAGUCUUGCUAGUGCUAUUGCAUGAUUUCCCCGAGUUUUUAUGUGACUACCACUUCAGUUUUGUGGAUGUUAUCCCACAUUCUUGUACUCAACUCCGCAACUUGAUAUUGAGUGCCUUCCCUCGCAGCAUGAGGCUUCCAGAUCCAUUCACACCAAACUUGAAGGUGGACUUGUUACCGGAAAUCAAUCAAGCCCCACAUAUAUUGUCUGAUUAUACGUCUGGCCUGAUGGUGAAUAAUUUAAAGACGGACAUUGAUUCAUAUUUGAGAAAUCGAGCACCAGGUGCCUUCUUGACUGAAAUUGCAGGUCGUUUAUUGGUGCCCCCUGGUACACUAGUUGAUGGAUCAAAGUAUAUGAUAUCGACCAUCAAUUCUUUGGUGUUGUAUGUUGGAAGUCAAGCUAUAGCACAGAAUAAGCCUGGACAAGCUGUGCAGCAAUCACCCGUUCACGGAGCGUCUAUGGAUAUCUUUAAGCAGUUGGUGACUGAUUUAGAUCCUGAAGGACGAUAUUUGUUUUUAAGCGGUAUUGCCAACCAAUUGAGAUACCCCAACAGCCACACACACUACUUUAGCAAUGUACUAUUAUACCUCUUCCUUGAAGCUGAGCAAGAGAUUGUGCAAGAACAGAUUACUCGUGUAUUGAUUGAACGUCUGAUUGUAAAUCGACCUCAUCCAUAUGGACUACUAGUUGCAUUUAUUGAAUUGAUUCGUAAUCCUCGAUACGGUUUCUGGAAUCAUACCAACUUUAUCCAGUGUGCUCCGGAAAUCGACCGUCUCUUCUCGAAUGUGGCAAAGAGUCUUGCAUCUCAGCAAUGA